CCCGGGUAGCUUUGAAGGCGUCUUGCAUUUUCAUUACCCCAAUGGAAGCUACUGUCCGCACCAUCGCUUCCUCACGGUGUCUUUUCUUAGACCUUCCACCUAGUUGCAUUGAAUUCUGCCCAGCUCAUCCUAAAUACUUCGUUGUUGGCACCUAUAAUCUGGAGAAAGAAGAAGCGACAGCGGUCCGAGAAGAUGGCAUGCUUGACGAUGAAGAUGAACCCGAGGCCGUGAGGAAACCUCAGAGCCGGAACGGUAGUCUUGUGGUGUUCCAGCUUGUUGGGGACGCCUAUGACAUAUCGCACAUCCAGACGCUGUCUUAUCCGUCGGCCCUGCUUGACUUGCGCUUCCAUCCUCAUCAGGACAAGCACGACGUCUUGGCGACGGUGUCAAGUACCGGCACCCUUUCAUUCUUCCGACUGUUGCCAAGCGAGCGGUCAUCCACUCCCUUGAUCAAGCUGAUUACUCACAAGCCGCUCGGAAAUGAUGAAAAUGUGUUGUUUCUUUCGUGUGCAUGGCAUCCAAACUUGCCCUAUCUUCUGGCCGUUACUACGUCGGAUUACCAAGUUCAUAUUCUAAACAUAGAUGACGCCUGGAAUGCCCAUCAAAUCUCGUCUUCCCCAGUAAUAACGCAUACACUCGAGGCCUGGACGGUAGCGUUCUCGCCGUGCCUUAUCAACUCUGUUGAUGCUAUCAGUGAUAUCAAACCAGGUGAUUCGCGAGGCUUUGCACUAUAUUCGGGUGGCGACGAUUCCAAGCUCCUUACUACAACUUGCUUUUAUAAGGAGGAAUUAGGUGAUGACGCUGAGAGCAAUUCCGAUGCUAUGACUGCCCCUUAUCCUAUAGUUGCAAUCAAAGGCCACACGGCAGGAGUCACGGCUAUAUUACCACUCUCCUUGACGCUCGUAGAUGGAUCUGGAGUUUUGGUCACGGGAAGCUAUGAUGACUGCAUCAGGGUCUACUCUAUCCACUCUCAGAUUGGCGGUGUCAUGAUUCGGCCACCUCAGUUGCUUACAGAAGAAAACCUCGGCGGUGGUGUCUGGAGGCUGAAACUGGUCAACCUAGAAAAGCCGAGUAUAGAGACCACUGGCUCGCAGGUACAGUGGUCAGCAUUGAUCUUGGCGUCUUGCAUGUAUGCCGGCACCCGCAUUCUCGAGCUUCGUGGAGAUUAUAGUGGCUCUUGUCAAAUCAGCAUCCUUGGACGAUUUGAGGAGCAUAAAAGCAUGAACUAUGGCAGCGACUUUCAACCGGGAACGGAGCAUGGCGGAGGGACAUUGCACUGCGUGUCUACCAGCUUCUAUGACCAACUGCUUUGCCUAUGGGAGUUUGAUUUGGGCAAGUAGUAUUGCCAGAUACAAUAGAGAUGAUAUGACUUGGCCAGUGAGCCUUAUUACAAUUCAAGUUAGAAAGAGUUGAGAGUAAAUUUGGUCUGAGCUGGAUAUAAAGUACAUGUUGGACCAUGCUGUGCGAUUGAAAAAUAAUGGUAGACUUCGUUGGUGUAGGUAUAUACGAUGCGGUCCAUGCCAGUAGCACAUGUACAGUUGUACACUAGAGGAUGAGCUUGGCUACUGCCCAGGAUAGAUUCCUGACCCGUCUACGCCUGAAGAGCAACUAAAUGGUUCUUGACGAGUAGGUAAGCACCUAGCUAUGAAAGCGGAAGAAAAUGACCUGGCAAAAGAACCAGAGCUUAUAUUUGAAGCAGGUUGACUGUCCUUCACUCUUGGAGUGAUCUGCUUAUAUACAGAAAUAGACCCUUAGACGUUGGUCGCGUGUUGCAGGCUAACAGAUUUUACAAUUACUUAUAUGUCUCCCUUACCUACCUCCCUGCCUUAGGUACUUACCUAACUACUACCU